AUGUCGGCAUUUUCCAUAUUAGCAUACAUACGGUUCCUAACGAAACGAACCAAGAACCCCCAACCUACCAGAGUAAAGAAAUCCAAACGGAAAUUGUUUCGACGUUCAAGAAACGAUCCUAAUGCAUCAAUCCAACAACCCACAACAAAUCCAUCUACCGCAAAGGUGCCAAAAUCAAAGAGUAAUCGAAGUAUCUUUUCAAAACUAUCAAAACCAUCAUCAUCAACAAAAGAUAAACCAAGACCCGAGAUUCGAAUAGUUGGUGAAUUACAACAUUUAACCCCCAAGAUAAUAUCGCCAUAUACAUUUAGAGCGAUUGGAUGCAAUUUGCAGCCAGAUUCUUCCGAGGAAUGCAAGACACGACCACGACAACGGUCCUCAACGAUAAGUACACACCCCCCAUCAGCACUUCGAAAUUAUAAACCUGAUAAUACUCCCAAAAUGCCAAAGACUCCUAUAAAUGUGAAGCUAUCGGGUUUUGAUUGUAGCACACCAUUAUCCAACAAGAAGGAUUCAAUACUAUGUGAUUCAAUUUCUUUUGACGAUAAUAUGUUCUUUCUGUUUUCCAGCAAUGACGAAGAGAAAUUUUUUGAAGAAGGAAAGCCAAGUGGUAAUAUGUAUGGCUCGGCUGAGUGGACCCAGUCUUCAGUUUCUAUAACCGAUACAAAUAUUCAAAUAUUUAGACCUUAUAUAUCCGAUUUACGACUAGUUGAAGAAAAACCAGAACCUGCCAGUAAAUUGCAACCACCAUUCAUAAUAAACUCAAAUGGAAGUAGUGCAAGUUGUCCAAAUUCCCCGUCGGGAGGUGCAUUUGAACAACAUCAACAGCAAAAACAACGACCCUUGCCUCAAACACCACAAGGACUGGUUUAUAUUGAAUCAGAGGAUGAAAUUUUGUAUAAUGCAAAUCAACAAGUUUAUCGACAAGAAAUGAAUCUAUUGGUUGAAAAAUAUAACUCAAUAGUUUCGAAACAACAAUUGGAGAUCGAUCAAUUGAAGCGAUUAUUAAAUGAUCAAAAACAAUUGAAUAGCGCAUUGACUACGAAAUUAUCUCCCGAUUCUCCAAUUCCGUCAAAACAUAAAGUUAGGUCUAGGUUUAUCCCGAUUGAUAUCGUGAAGGACAAUAUGAAAGAAGGGGAAGAAGGAGAAGAGCAACGAGUGACAGUACAAUCGGCUGCCGGAUUGAUGCCUCCAUUUAUUUCUCCGUCCACCGGUGUGUGUGAUGGAAAUGGAGCAGAUGCAUAUAAAAUAACUGGUAUUGUUAGAAGAAGACAAUCGGAAGAUUCACAAGUUUCUUCUAUUAUGAGCAAUUCUCAUCAAGUUGGUCAAAAGAGGAAAACGUCUGAAGUGUCUCAUGCAUCUAGUAUAGCUAUCACUGAAUUGUUGGAGAAAUAUUAG